ACUACGACAUAUUGAAGAUUAUAUAAGAUUGUAGGAAACUAACUAAACUUAUCAAUAAAAACAAACUUCAAAUCUUCAAAAGUGCAGGAGUGUCUCAAGUUUACUGACUUUACUUUGGUCUCUGAAUUCACCCUGAAGAGGCUGAGGAUUUCAAAGAAUCAUUAAAAGAUCUGUAGGUUAUUUUUUUCUUUUGAUUUGGUGUUGAAAUGUUUGCAUUUUGUUUAAUAAAGCCUAUUAUCUGUCCAUGACUUGAUUGGAACAUGAAACAGGGCUAAAGAACCCCUUGAUCCUGAGCAGGGAAGGACAUCCUAAUGGUUUCCUGUACGGAUAAGCAUGAGAUCUUGAUAGCAGUCGUGGCGCACGCCGUGCGUCCUUGGCUGUGCUGGUGUUGGGAGUUAAGGUCAGACCCCUCCCCGGAGGUGCGCGCGGCUCUCUCUGAUGCGCGGAUAAAGGCAGAGACCACCGCAACCUAGAGCCCAACAAACUCACAGCAGAGGAAAACCACAGACUCCCAGCAACCUCUGAUAAAUUUUCAUUGUUGGUUUUAAGGGGGGGAAUCCCACAACCUCGUCACCUGCGAUGAUCUGACAUUUGCGUUGGAUGAAAAGAAUGAUCCUCCUCUGGCAGGCUGCAGAAAUGAAUGACUCUCUUUAUGAAUCUACUCUAACCAUGUAUCACCUGCUGGAGGAUGAGCAAGCCAACAUCAGCUGCAACUUCUCCUCUUUGAACUGGACCAGCUGCAAUGUCCUGCAGCUCCCAACGUUCUCCACAGCAGCCAAAGUCAGGGUGAUCAUCACCUUCAUUCUGUGCGGCUUUUCUGCCUUUUUUAACCUGGCCGUGCUGUGGGCAGCACAGAGUGAUGGGAAACGAAAGUCCCACGUUAAGGUGCUGAUCAUCAACCUGACGGUGGCAGAUCUGCUGGUGACCUUCAUCGUGAUGCCUCUGGAUGCUGUGUGGAACAUCACGGUUCAGUGGCUGGCCGGGGAUUUUGCCUGCAGGUUAUUGAUGUUUCUGAAGCUUCAGGCGAUGUACUCCUGCGCGUUUGUCACCGUGGUGAUCAGUCUGGACCGACAGUCAGCCAUCCUCAACCCUCUGGCUAUCAAUAAAGCCAGGAUGAGGAACAGAGUCAUGCUGAUAGCGGCGUGGGCGAUGAGUGUGAUCCUCUCAGUCCCUCAGAUUUUCCUCUUCCACAAUGUGACCAUAAUCUAUCCUGAGGAAUUCACUCAAUGUGCCACUCGGGGAAGUUUUGUUAGUCACAGGCAUGAAACAGCCUACAACUUGUUCACGUUUGCCUGUCUGUUCCUGCUGCCGCUGGUCAUCAUGAUCACCUGCUACACCAGGAUCUUCUGUGAGAUCUCCAAACGACUGAAAAGAGACAACUUGCCCUCCAGUGAGCUACACUUGCGCUGCUCCAAGAACAACAUCCCUAAAGCCCGGAUGAGAACGUUAAAAAUGAGUAUAGUGAUCGUCCUGUCUUUCAUAAUCUGCUGGACUCCGUACUACCUGCUGGGCUUGUGGUACUGGUUCUCUCCCGAUGACCUUGAGGGGAAAGUGUCCCACUCCUUGACCCACAUUUUGUUCAUCUUUGGACUGCUCAACGCCUGCCUAGACCCCGUGAUCUACGGCUUGUUCACCAUUCACUUUCGAAAGAAGCUCCGGCGUUUCUAUGGCAACGCUGCAGAGGCAACAGAUGCAGACAUCAACACUGUCGUGACUGGAUCCUUUACUUGUGCCGCAAGUUCUCUGUCUCUGAAAAGAAAGUUAUGGCAUCCGAGUCAGGAGAGACUUGUUCUGCACAGAGACAACCACAGCAAAGCAGACUUACCAUCACCCAAAGGGAAUCUUCUGUUGGCAGAGAGCAAGGCAGUGAGAUCUCUCAACCAGUCCAGCCGUGAAAGCAUUUUAUGAGAGGGUAAAGAUGCUUUUGAUACCGGGAUUAUAAUUUUGUUAUAUGGUGACCCAAGUUUGAUGUAUGGAUUUAAACCUACAAUUUAAAGCCUUUUCAUACCACUGUACAAAAAGCACAGAACCAACAGCUACUGUAAACUAAAUGCAUACAUUAGGAUUUCUUGGAAAGUUCUGAACAAAAAAAAGAAAAACUAUUCUUUUAUAAUUCCUUGUGAACAAAAUGUGGGCCCAAAGUUUAUGAUGCUGUUUGGGUAGAAAAAAAGGAAUAAAACAUGGUUAAAAACAAUACAUGAAAAGGUUUUUCAUGUUGACAAGGUAACAAACUGAUUUUCUGCAAACUUGAUUCCUUUUAGAAUCAUUGUCAUCUACAAAUUGUAAAUGUAAAAGGAGAAAUAGAAAAUAAAACACCUGUACCAUUUGGUGUAAAAGUACAUUUUGUUUUAGGUUGUAUUGUUUGAAGUAAAACAUUCCAUUAUUUUUAUUACCCACAUUGUUUCUGCACUUCGACAAACAAUAAAGAUCCUGUUGAAGGUGUUCAUUCAUCAUCAUUAUUUUUGGCUUUAUUAUUCUCGGUUCCCCUUGUGCUAUCCUAGGCACUUUAACGUUGGGAGUUGGGUCAUCUAGACCCACUAGACAGUGCUCUGAACCUUUUUUUUUCAAU